AACAUCACUAUUGUAGGCUUCAACAUCAUCUAGAACAUAAAAAAAUUUGAACUUAGUCAAUGUGUGUUGGUAGAAAGAAAAAGAUGAAUGACUUAAUAAAUAAGAAAAGAAAGUAAUAUGUAAAAAUGUCAGUUAUUUUCUGUACGUGGUGGGUCACAUCUCAACUAUAUUGAACUUUACGAAGGCAGAUAAAUAGGAGGCAUGAAGACUCCUUCUUCUUUACUCUGAAUUGACUUAGACGGAGAGAGAUAAAUAUAAAGAUCUCAACUUUCUAGAGAGAGAGAAGCGGAAGAGCUAGUUUUAAAGCUUAGGUUCGAUGAAAGCUCUUAGACGGAUUCAAACGAGGUCUUCCUUUCCGAAUCCUUCGUCCCCAUUGUUCUCUUCUCCUUCGUCUUCUUCCUCUCCAUGGACUCACUUGCGUUCUGCUCUUGUCCUUGUCACUUCUUCAUCUCCCGCAAAAUCUUCUUCUUCCUCCUCCAAUCCGAAUCGAGUAAAAUCACCGUGGUCACGGUUUAAACGGAAAAAGCCCCUCACGCUUCAACGGUGGAAAAGCUUCUUCACCCCUGAUGGUAGACUUCGGAACAGAGGAGUUGGUUUGUUGAAGAAAGUCAGGAGUAGAGGUAUUGAUCCUAGCAUCCGUUCAGAGGUGUGGCCCUUCCUUCUUGGAGUGUGUGAUUUAAAUAGCUCCAAAGAAGAGAGAGGUGCUAGAAGAACUCAGAGAAGAAAAGCGUAUGAGAGACUACGCAGGAAAUGCAAAAGGCUUCAAAGACAAGACAGCUGCGAGUUCAAGUUAAACAAGAUCAAUAAACCUGCUCAAGACAAGCAUAAUGGUUGGUCUUUUCCGCAAGACACUGACAGUUCCUGUUCUGAUGAGUCACUCUCUAGCGACAAAGAAAACACAGAAGAUAUUGGGUACAUGAGUGACGACGUCUCAUGUACUCUUGACAUAAACUACACUGGCUCAACACACGUGAACUCUGAGUCUUCAGACUCAGAUUCUUUAGACGACAACAACUCUGUUCAUGCCUUUCCUUCUACUCAAGGGAGAGAUGACAAUAGUACUUCUCCAUCAAGCAUAUACAAUAUCUCCCGCACCAAAGAGGAUUUUGUUACCUGGCAGCGUAUAAUCCGCCUAGACGCAGUCCGCGCCGACACAGAAUGGUUCCCAUACUCCCCAUUCCAAGCCUUAGUAUCCGAAGCCAAAGCGCGACGCGCUGCUGCAGCGGUUAGUCUAAAAGACUACACUCACUUAGAGCCAUGGAAGAUCUUUCACGCCGCGCGCCUCGUGGCCAUCCUCGAAGCCUACGCCUUGCACGACCCCGAGAUAGGCUACUGCCAAGGGAUGAGCGACCUUCUCUCCCCAAUACUCACAGUCAUCCCCGAAGACCACGAGGCCUUCUGGUGUUUCGCGGGGUUCAUGAAGAAGGCUCGUCAGAACUUCAGGGUCGACGAAGUUGGGAUCACGAGGCAGCUCGGCAUAGUCUCCAAGAUCAUCGAGUCCAAAGACUCGAAGCUCUACAAGCAUCUCGAGAAAGUCAAGGCGGAGGAUUGUUUCUUUGUCUACAGAAUGGUGCUUGUGAUGUUUAGGAGAGAGCUGACGCUGGAGCAGACGCUGUUUCUCUGGGAAGUGAUGUGGGCGGAGCAAGCUGCGGUGAGAGCUGGGGUUGGGAAGUCUUCGUGGAGCAGUAGAAUAAAGCAUCAGGCGCCUCCUACGGAUGAUAUGUUGCUGUAUGCGAUAGCAGCUUCGGUGUUGCAGAGGAGGAAAGUUAUCAUAGAGAAGUACAAUAGCGUGGAGGAGAUAUUGGGGGAGUGUCAUAGUAUGGUUGGGAAGCUAGACGUGUGGAAGCUCUUGGACGAUGCACGUGACCUUAUUAUUACCCUCCGCAGUAAGAUUGAACAAUAUGAUCACAUAAGGUCAGAAUCAAAAAUAGGCAUGUGAUUUUUUUUGUGUGGUGAUGUUUGUUUCUCUACCUGAGUUUGUUUACUUGGAGAUGAUAGAUGGUGGCUUGCUGUAUCUCCAUUUUGAAUUUUGUAUGUGUAAUUGUGCCGGGGGAAGAGAAUCUUUCUCCGGUGAUAUAAUAAUUGUGGAUUACAUAGUUGGUCGGCAAUGAAGAGAGUAUAAAAUGUAUAAAUGGUUUGGAGAUUUUCGUAUUAAUAAUCAUGAAUAAACAAGCUCGACAACUAAAAGAACUAGAGAGACCACAUAUAAACAAAGCUG